AUGGCAUUUCAAACCAACAGCCGGACCGUCCGUCUUCCUCCACCAGCCGAAGACUUUAUCUAUGAUAACUUCCAAUACCGUCCAGAUGCCCAAGGAGCUCGGCCUUGUCGUCUAUGUCAGCAAGUCACCCACCGCGGUAGUGAAUAUACGCCGAAUUUCUGCGCCAGAGUCUGCGGCCACUGGUUCCACCAGUCCUGCCUCAUUGAGUACCUUUGGAUAGAUUACCUGCCCAUAUGCUUCCGUGACUGCUACAUCUGUCGCUUAAACCACUAUACGGCACGAUGGAAGGGGCCGGUCCUUUGUCCAUUGAAGAGCACGUUUCCAAAGUCGGAAUUGCCUGAUAUCCGGGAGGUACUCACGAGGCGAGACAUCAAGGCGAGGGUCGGGAGGGUCCUGAAGAGGGAUAUGUGGAAGCCCUGGUUUCCGGAGCUCAUGGAAUUCUGCACCGAGCCGCAGGAAGUUGAUGGCGGGCUUGGAGUCUUCCCGACCGUCGAUUUGGAGGGGCAAGAGAUAGCAGCGACACAGUUUCUGGAGAGGCGUACGAAGGUCAGGGAGUAUAUGCGAGGGCAGAAGAUGUCCAUAGCCAAGCGCUAA